CCUGGCGGAGCAGCCCGCCGUGCCGCGCCGGGCCGUGCCGGGCCGGGCCGCGCCGGGAGCCGCCGGAGCUGGAACUGGUACCGGUGUCGGUCCCGCUGCCGCGGCCGCGCCCGCCGCUGCUGGGGGAGGCGGCGCCCGCGCCGCGCCCCCGCGCCCCGCCCGCCCCCGGCAGCAGCAGCAGCGGCAGCGGCAGCCUCAGCACCUCCGCCAGCUCCGCCGGCAGCUCCAGCGGCAGCACCAUGGACCUCUCCUUCAUGGCCGCGCAGCUUCCUGUUAUGGGAGGAGCCUUUAUGGACUCACCCAACGAGGACUUUAGUACAGAGUACUCCUUGUUUAACUCAUCAGCCAACGUCCAUGCCGCUUCUUCCAUGCAGAAUCCACCAGAAGAGACAUCCCGUUCUUCAAAUGAUGCCAUAUUGUUAUGGAUUGCAAUAAUAGCAACAAUUGGAAAUAUUGUGGUUGUGGGAGUUGUGUAUGCCUUCACGUUCUAGGAUGACUGUCACUCCAAACACUGGAAGAGAGGAUAACUGCAACAGUAUCUGUCAUGUGUAUGUAUGUAUGUAUGUAUGUGUGUAUAUAUACAUGUAUAUCUAUAUAAAUACAUAUAGGUAGGGACUUUGUUGAUUAAGUGCUGCCACAAUCACGGAAAUUAAAUGCAAGUUAAUCAUCUUGAAUCUUAAUGGUGGAAAGUUUGGGUGCAAUUGCAAAUUGUAUGGAGGUGAGAGCUUUAAUUGAGAACAGAGCCAAUACCAGUUUUGUAUAGAAAUGUAAUAAAAGUGAGACCGAUGUGGGUAUAGUAGAUACAAAGAGAAAGUGAGAUUUAUACAGAAAGUGCUUAUUUUCUACUGUUUAGAUUUUUCUAGCAGCUCUUCUGCAUUUUGUCAGCUUUUUUUCGUGCAUUUUUUACUGUGGUAUAAUGUUGUAUGAAAUUGUUCUAUGUCAUAUUUGCUGGAUAUCUUAGUUUUCCAGAUGGACUAAAUAGUCAGCAUUGGCUCAGUUCUGAUGAAGUACAAGUUCAUUGUGUCAGCCCCAAGCUCGUGCAUACACGACUAGGCUGCGUUCAAAAUCACGAGUCUUAAAGCUAUGACAGGCAGAUGCAUGCUAUCUAACACUUGCCUUCCAGUAUCAGUUACGGGAUCUGAUAAUCGAUGAAUCGAUGCUAAACUUGUCUGCUGUUUGCAGGAAGAGGCACAGCUAUUGCGAGGUGUGGCUGGUCUGCAGACCCUCUGCACUCCAGAGGAGGUGGUGUUAACAGAGCAGCAGCACAAGCCCCCAUUUCUGGCUAGAGGUACUGGAUUGCAGUGACAACAGCGGUUUGUAGAUGUGUCCCUUCCAGGAAACAAAGGCAAAUAUCAUGCUUUUCAGCUCAUUUCACUGUAAAACAGAUUUCCCACAGCAGCCAUGUGCUUUCAUAAGCUUAUUGAUGUAUCAAAAGAAUGUGGGGAAGUUGCGAAGGCUAAUUAACGGUGAGUGAUGUCUAUGAGAAAAAUAGAAUUCAAAGAAAGAUUGGACACUUCUGUUCUCGCAAGGGAGUGAGUGCAAGAGUCAGGUGUCUGCUGGGGUAGAAAUAGCACAAAAAAGGUAGUAAGUGACAGAUAUGCAAGUGCUUAUAUUUCAGUACUAAUAUGCCUCUGGGUUCUGAUGAGGCUCCUGGAAGUGAUUUUUUAUAUCGCCUGCUUUAGGUAACAACUCUGAUUAUUUGUUCUGUUGAGGGACAAUAUUUUCACUGUUCCCAUGAGCAGUUCCUUUUCAAGAGCUGUAUCUUUUCAAAACAAGCUGCAGCCUCCCUUGCUUCAGAGAUUACAAAAUCCUGAGGGAAGAGAAAAGGAUCACCUCUGUUGGAAAUCUCCCUCUUCCCCCUUAAAAAAAUAAACUCAAAUACAUAAAGCGUCUGCACUUUGAGAGUAGCAGACACAUUCUUCCUCUAAGUCUGCAUGCACUGUAGAGGUUUUCUGUCUCGUACAGCUACUACCCUAAUUCCAGAAAGCCUUGUCUGCAGGCACAGAGACUAUUUUUGACACUUGCCUGCUGCUGAGCUUGAGGCUAGACUAAGGCUGCCGAAUGUAUAGAGAGGUUUAGAUUUUCUUCUUUUCUCUUUAAACCCGUUUGCCUGCAGGGCUGGUGGACAGUUACUUGAAUCAAAGCAGCAUGCCCCAAAUCAGUAUUUAUAACCACUCAGUAGUCAUUGUGUGUAUUUUCUUCCCUCUCUAUGAACUGGCUUUUAAAGCUGGAAAGAUGCAAACAGAGCUAGCAGGGGGGAGAAAAGAAAUUGAGUUAUUUUGAGGAUGAGAAAAACAAUUACAACUCACUUGAAGAACCGAGCUUCCGUGUGUAGUUAUUUCCCUGUUUGGAGGCAGGAUUUUGUGAAGAUGGUUGAGGACAGAUGAGAUCUGUGCUGGGGAGGAGUUUGAGAAGCCCAGUUCUGGAAAAUCAGUGGGACAGAAAGCAAAUUCUGUCUAAUAGAACAGCUGUAGUGAAUGAUACAAAAACUAUGAUUUUCACUGUCUUAAAAUAGCUAUUCAUUCCUUUAUAGGCAGAGGAUAAUAAAAACCAGGAAAUCUGCAUAAAUUGUGUACCUUUCCUGUUCUUACACUCCUCCUUAUUUUCACUGAGCAGAAAUCAGGCUGUUAAGUGAGGUUGGACGGCUGCAGAGAAGUUUCCAACACAAAACUGAACAGGACAAAGUCUGGUGUACGACCAUGUAGGACCCAAGGAAAUAUUGCUUAAUGUAAUCUACUGUCCCCAACCAUAUUCUAAUAUUCUAUUGCCUUUGUAAUUGUAUCAAUUACUCAUGGACUUUUCUUCAGUGAUUCUGUAGGCUCUCUAGUUAUGCCAGAUCACGCAAGCACUGGUUUUGCAUGAAGAGCAAAGUAUUUCCACCAUGAUUAAUACCAGUUUGACACUAUGCUACUUGCCCAAUGGGAUUAUUCUACUGCUUAAUGAAUUUGCCAGCAGAGUGCUUUGUUUAAAUUUCCUAGAAUAUUAAUCUAAGUGCAAUUAGCAAUGUUUGUGUUUCUCUCCCAAAGCAUUGGACUAAAUUCUUCACUUAUGAUGAGCUUUAGAGUGGAAACAGCAAAGAACCACCACACUGCUAAUGAAACCGAGUGACAUUUUUAUGUGGCUUUUCCCAAAGAAAAUGCCCUACUUUCAUGUGAAAUUGAUAGUAAUAGCAGGAGUGUUGGAAAACAAUAUGAGCUCUGCCUCCCUCGUCCAGAUCAUACAUAUUUUCAUCGUUAGAGGCUGAGUUGUCAAGAAGGGCCAGACAGAACUUUAAUUAAAGUAAUUGGCUUGACAGGGUGACAUGGCAAACUGGGCGCAGGCAGCAAGUGCAGGCAUUUCCUGUCUCGUCGUUAAACUGCCAACUAACCAUACAGCUUUUCUGUUGAGAAAAACUAGUUUUAGGAUGCAGGUGCAAGGGUACCACAUGUGCGACUCUCUACAGAAUAUUGUCAGGUGUAUUAAAGAGCCCUCACUCACAGUGGGCAGAGCUAGUUCAAACUCUGAUCUACUUUGAUAGUGGUAACAUGCACAGUGUGGUUUUGGAUGUUGUGUUCUGGCUUCAUCUACUACAACCACUUCCAUCUUCUGGGAAGUCAGGGAAGGUUUAAAGUCAACCAUUGAAAAAGGGGUCUCAUCCAUCAUUAAGUUUGGAGAAGACACAGAGGGGAGUGGAGAAGUGGAUGAGCGGUGGAUGUUUCAUAUGUACAGUCCUGUGAAAUGUGUUACUGCUUCUUUACGUGGGUACAUGUUACACCCUGAACUGUCAAUGCAGCUUGACUUGGAGCGUUGUAGCUUCUCCAUUCCUUGGAGCCAGGCAGUUGGAUAACUGCUGUGACUCACUGAGGGGUGAGGAGGAAGCCCAAAUGCAUGCCCCACAGCUGUUCUCUGAAGCCCUUCUGUAAAAGCAGAAGAGGGCUCUGUGCUUUGCUGAGCACUUGGUGUAUCAGCAUGAGAGCAGGAUUCCACUUAAGGAAGAUCUGUGCUUCAAAUAAAAGCAUCUAGCACAGAAAACAGUUACAAAUCAUGAUUGGAGUUUGUUCUGUAGUAGGCAAAGCAAAACACUUUCUAUAUGCAAUGUUAGACCUCUAGCUAUGUUGUAAACUCCAGCAUACAAACACACGAAACAAUACUGUAUGCGCUCUGCAAAGUUAUUAAUGAGCCAUGGGAAGCAGGGAGACAAACUGGAUGCCCUAAUGAGUCUCUUCUAGCCAUGGCCUCUAGGGAUCUGGGGCAACAUAGCAAAUAAUCAAACUCUCACUUAAGAAAUUUUUUGCUCUAAGCAGCCAGCAGCUCAACAUGGCAACUGUGCAGCCACCACAGCAGGGAGACUAAAGGCUCAACAAUUAUGCAGGUGGGUGCAAAAGCACAUUAGAUAGGAGAACUGAGUGGGGAAACCCACACAGCUACUUCUGUUAUAUUUUUAACUGCAGAGCUAAGAGUCUGUGUUUGUCCACAGCAUUAACAUCCUCCUAAAAUAAAAUGAGGGAGGAGGAUGUAUUUCUGCAUCAACACACAUCCAAACUGAACAACAGAUUUUGAAACUGAUGCAACAACAGCAGCAGAGAGACUUGUCUGCUACAAAUAAUGUAUUUAGCCAUUUCAGCAGGCAAGUGAGGUAAUAGAUACCUCGGAAGUAAUGAGAUCCCCUCUCCAAAAUCCUUGUUUGUAAUGGGACUUGAGGGCAGUCAGCAUCCCAGCAAACUGCUGAGCAGCCUGUAAUAACAAGUCCCAAAUCAAGAAUGAAUAGAAGCAGCCAGCCAUUAUGGUCUUACCCUGUACAUCCAUUUGAAGAUAAAGGGAAAGGGUGCCUUUGUGCCUAGGACCAAACGAAAACAAGAGCCCUUAGUCUAUAGGUUGUUAUGUAUUUUGUCUAUUAUUGGAAGCUUUCGUUUUGCUAUUCUCAAGCAAUUCCAGUUGUUAAUAUCCUCUUCACAUUUCUCUGCAGACUGCUGAGAGUUAUUAAUUUCACAUAGCUCUGUCUUUGUCCGUUUAUCUGAUGUAAUUUGACUGGGUUUCCUGUGGCUAAUCACAGAGCAGAAUCUGGAAAAUUAUUCUUUUUCAGGAUGAUUUCCACUAUUGAGAUAAAUAGGCCAAAAAUCACAAUCCCAGAUCAAAAUGCUUCUGUGCUUUCGGAGCAUUCAGAGCUCUGGAGAAUUGGAUUUCAUCUGGUUAAUGUGCAGGAAGGAAGAGGGCAGUCAGGUCCCUGGUGAUAAUGUCAGACAUCAGGGUUCUGACAGGCAGAGCUGAGCGCUUCAUUAACUCCUGCUCUGCCCCUCUGAGCCCUGCUGGCUUCCUGGACACACAACCUGAGCUGAGUUUAAGCAAACUAACCAUCAGGUACAGCAUGUCCCUCCUCAUCUUACAGCUUGCUAACCCUCAGGGUAACGAGUGCAUUUAUUCCAUUCCAAGAGCCAGAAAUCAAUGUUCUGUUAGGUAUAUUGCUAUUGGUGCAUUGCUCAGCCACCAUAAAGUAAAGGUAGGGGUGGUUUAGCAUGGAGUUAGCCCUUUGCCCCUGAUCUGGGAACAUCCUAAAGGAAUCAAAGCAUCCUGAGGCCUUAAGGUCUCCUACUGCCCUUAAUCUGACACUAACGUUUUGUGUUUCCUCAUACAGCCCUUCUUUACCUUUUACCUUUUCCAACUCAAUACAGGGAAAAUGAAGUCACCACUAUGCUGUUGUCUGGACACGUAGGGAACUCCUAACCAUGUCCCAUUUAAGUUUUUGGCCCUUCAGGCACAAAGAAGGAAGAUAGUGUCCAAUUGUCUACCCAGGAGACUCCAGGGGCGUAUGUGUCUUUGCAGAACAAAAUGCAUAGCAAUUUUGUCUCUUUCUGGCCUGUACCAUAGUAUUUACACUGAGAACAUGACCAGACCUUUUGCAGUAACAUGUUUUGGGAAUUAACAGCAACACAGGCAGGAACUGGAAAAGAAAACAACGCUGAUAACACACACCUGUCACAUAUGUAAUCAUCUUAAUGACAUGCCUCUGAAGGCAGGUUUGCCUGAGUGUCAUAGGCAGAAUGAAUCUGUUGGUACCAAGGCAAAUUCUCUUUUGUAUGAGCACAAACGGUGUCUCCAUCUUUUUGGGAAGUCUUGGGGAGCAUUGUGCCACGCAUCCUAUCUUUCCUAUGCAGGCUGCUAGUGAACAUAUUUUUCAGUUGUAGAAAAUACUCAAAAAGCUUCCAAUGUUGGUAGAAUACAUGCAAGAUUUACCUUCCAAAGCUCUGCUUAGUCUCCCUGCAAAAGCAGAAACCACCUAGGUUUCUUAAGCAUGGAAUGUUAAUGAGUUAAUGAUACAUCUGUACAGUAGCAUCACCUCAUUUUACUCUACAGCUUUAUGCCAGUAGGUCUCAAAGGGGAUCUUGCUAUUACCCAGACUUUAUAAAGGCUGAAAACAGAGACAAGUCACUUCUCAGAGCGUCUCAGAAGUCACCAUCCGAUCCUUUAGGCUGCAUCAUUCCUCCCCAAAGUACCCUGAUGUGAACUCGCAUCCAUCCCUUUAAAUCCCCUGUCACCACACUGUGUCUCUAUGCCUUCCUUUUAUUUCUCCCUUUGUCUUCUCUGUAUUCUCUUCAUUCCCUGGUAUCAGAGCAUGUGAGCAUUUGGAGGCCAGCAAUGUUCUUCAGCCCCUCCUAACCACCUCUUUGACUGACCUUCACCGACAGAAAGGUCAGUGAUAAGGACUUAUCACAGUAAGUGCAGAGUUCAGUGAUAAAAGGUCUCUUCCUGUAGGAAGAUUUUAAUCUUUAUCUGCCUUAGCAAACCACAAAGUGUCUCCCCUAAGCAGAAGAGUAAGAUGUGGCCCUGAAGCCUGGGAACUAACUGUAUUGUCAGUAUCCAUGCAACCCUAAGUUAUCUUUUAGAAAUUCAGAUUUUGUAAGUAUACUGCACUAUUCUGCAGUCAGCAUUUACUGAGCUUUUCCCAACUCAAAGUCCUUUGUUAUUUUUAGCAAAUCAGAAUCAGUGGUAAUGCACUUGGGGCAAGGCAUGGGGAGUGGAAGUGGGCACAAGGAAGAAUAGAAAAGCUCCACGUGAUUUAUUGUAGGGUGCAGGCCACUAAACACUAGCCUAUUCAGUAAAGAAAAACAACCACGGUGUGCUGAGCCGUUUCAAAUCUAGUCACACCUGUAGUUCUCAGAUGCACAGCCAAGCUGCUAUAGCCAGAUCGAGCAGUUCUAAAUCCCAUUGCGACCAAAAGGAUGUGUAUUCCUUGGCCAGAGCCGAGCGAGCUGAGCAGCCUGCCUCAGCAGUCCCUGCUGGUUCUGGUAUUGUUUUGGAGCUUCCUGAGCUGCAGUCAUUACGGUGAUGCGUUUUCUGUGGCGUUCAGUCCCACUAAUGAGCAAAUAAGAUUGAGCUGUUUACAGAUCUAGGCCUAAAACUCUUCUCAGUUACUGCCUUCAUAAGGAUGAUCGAAGUUCCUGAGCCUGCAAGCUGCUUUUCCAGAGGGACCUUUGCCUCCACCUGGAGUCAACUGGAUUAAUAACACUUCUUCUACGCUUCUGACGUCUGCUUCAGUGGAUCAAUUUGCAGAACUAGCUCUGGGUUGCUGGGGUUUUAUUUUAAAUAUCUCUAAAGAUGUCUGGAAUUUCCUAAUCAAAAGAAAGAAAGCAGAAUGCUGUAUUUUUUUAAAUGAGAAGGUAAUGAAAAACAAGUCUGAAUAUUUUGAUAGAUAUGCUGGAAGGGUAUAUAAUGUAGCAAACAGUUGCACUAUUUUUUCUAUUGUCUGAGCACCUAACCUGAGAAAUAUUUGUUCUUUCUCUAGCAAAAACCUCUUUCAGUUAUGAAGUUAUGAAGUUUGGAAGGAGUGCAAAGCCUCAGUGAAAUUUUAAACUAAUGUAAAUAAAUCCAAUCGCUAGCUUUGUGACGUGGCCUAUAAUAUUUGUUUUUCAGUUAUCUCAAAUGUUGCCUAAUUGCUUUUGCUUUUGGUUUUGGGGUGGGUUUUUUUUUUCCCCAAAAAAAGCUAAAUAGUGACGAUUCUGAAAGCAUCUGUACUUCACGCAAAAUCACAGUCAUAUGGAAAUGACAUCCUUCAGCUCAUGUAAAACAGCUUUACAGGAGCCCUUUAGUAUGCACUGUUAUUUUUCUUAAUAAUCCUUGACAAUUUAAUUCUCUUGUGCUUUCUCUCUGCUACCCUGUUUUGUACACUAACAGGUUUGCAGGCCUUCUCUGUAUUGUUUUUGUAAUAUAUGGGUUGGUUUAAAGAAAAACCUUUACUCUUGUAAUCAUUGUUCUUGAAAUGUGGAUCUCUAUCUGUAAAGAGAAAAACAACUUUAAAAAUGCCCUCUGUCUUCUCUGAGUUUAUUGUAAUUAGCAGUUAGUUAACAGAAAUGUAUUAUUUUAAGCUCCUGUCAUAUUCUUUCCCAGUUACUGACUGCUUUCACUAUGUGUGUACUUAGUUACUGCUUCAUUCUUUUACUAUGGUGAAAAUGAUGAAUUUUGUUAAUAUCGGAUGGAAGUGGUGUUUUUGCAUAAAGUUCUUCAAAUUGA